GGGGGAAAUGACAUCAGCCAACGGGCGAGUGUUGUGGCACUCUAAAUACGCACGUUCCUGCUUCAUUUGCGCCCCAUCCAACUUCACCUCCAUCGCCGACUCUCCCACCCUCUGCUCCUCUACCAGCAAUCAGACUCAUCCUCUACACUCUUCUCUCACGUCUUUCCAUCCUAUUCAGCCCGCCUGAGCGACCGUCGCGAUGGGUAUCGUCAAGGGCGGCUUCCAGCGCCUCUUCCAGAGUUUGCUCUACUUCAUCAUCUUCCUUGCCUCGGCCGUCAUCCUCGGCUUCUACUCCUACUUCCUCUCCGUCCUUGCGGACCGAAACAUCCACAUUCCCACGUACGAAAAGGCGGUCGAAGGCAUCUCUGGCGCCGCUUGUCUCUACCUCAUCUUCGCAACCAUCUUGACCUGCUGUCUCGGCGGCAUCACCUUCCUCGCCAUCCUCGCCAUCGUCAUCGAUGUCCUGUUCUGCGCCGCCUUCAUCGGUGUCAUCGUCCUGACCCGCCACGGUGCAUCGUCGUGCAAGGGCAACAGCAUCAACACUCCCCUCGGCGUUGGCCCCGCCUCAGCCGACAACGGCUUCGGGAGGGGAGGCUUCGGCUUCAGCAACCACGACAACGCCACCUACUCUGUGCACCUCGGCCUGGCCUGCAGAUUCAACACGGCCUGCUUCGCCUGCGCCAUCAUCUGCGCCAUCCUCUUCCUCUGCACCGCCGGCAUGCAAGUUGCCCUCAUGCGCCACCACAAGAAGGAGAAGCGCUACGGCCCCAGCCCCGACAACAACUACACCUCCGGCUACGGCAAGAAGGGCAUGUUCUCCCGCUUCGGCCGCAACAAGAACAACUCUGCCAAGGCCGCCGAAGCGGGCGCCUACACCUCGCCCAAGAACAACCGCGCCAGCGCCGAGACCGGCUACACCAAUGGCACUAACGGCACCAACGGCGUCACCAAUGGCACCAGCGACACCUACGUUGCCGGAGGUGCGCACAGCGGGUACUACAACGCUCCCACUGGCACCACCGCCCAGAACCCCUACGGCUACAGCAACAACACCGGCACAAACUACUAAAGUGCCCGCGCUGCCUUGUGCUCUCACAAAGCAAUCUGCGGACACGCUCUCGUACUUUUAAGACCUUUGGGUCGCUUUUCGCGUGUAAGAUAUGUUGGAGUAUGGGUGGAAUGGGGUUUGCAAGGCUUCUGCCGCAACCUUUAGCGAUUACAACCUGUGCUGCUCGUAACGCGAGCCACGGUAGAAGCAGGGCUUCGAUUUAAUAGUACUCAUACGUAAUGUUUAAGAACGAAAGCAACGUUGGAAAAUAA